CACAAGUGUAUCUAUGGAGGGCGUAAGGGUAUGCACAUCUGACAAUGUGGGGCUGUCAGUGUGGGGGGUGUGUAUGUCUAGAAGUGUGAGUUAGUCCAGAUGUGAAUCUGAGUGUGUAUCUCCAUAUGUCUGUGACUCUGUGUGUGUGUGUGUGUGUGUGUGUGUGCUUGCAAGGCCACAGGAGAGAGUGCAAGGCAUCCAUGUACAGUUGUGCUGACUGUGUACUGCACAACUCCAGGGGGCGCCAUUCAGGGAGCAGGCAAUGUGAAUGAUGCCGCCUGGAGUUGUACAGCUUGGUGGGAGGAUGCCUGUCAGGAAAUGAAUGUGCAGGUGGGGGCGUCUGUGUUGGGGGGUGAGCACACCCGUGGGUGGAGGUUUGUCUGGGAACAUGUGAGUCUGAGGGCAAUUGUGUCCCUGAGGGUAUGUGUGGAGCAUCUGAGAAUGUGACUGUGUGUCUGAAUGUAGGUCUGCGGGUGUGUUUCUGCGAUGGGGUGUGUGCGUGUGGAGCCGUGGGUGUGAGUGUGCGUAUUCCCUUAUAGAUUAGUCAGGGCACAUUUGUGUCUGAGGCCAUACGGGUAUCCAUGUUUGUUUACAAGUGUGUCUGUGGGUGUGUUGAGUGUGUCUGCAAGUGUGUCCAGUAUCUGGGUGUUUAUCCCUUAGUGUGUGCCUGCACUUCUGGUUGUGAGUCCGUAUUCUGGGAACGGGUGUCUAGAGGUAUUUGUGCCUCUGUGUGCUCAAUUUUAUACCUAGAAAUGUGUUGAACAACAGAAUUGUGACUGUGUGUGUGUGUGUUUGUGAGGUUAGCAUAGGACUGAAAGCAUUUGGGUGUCAGAGUGUGGUCAGGUCUGUCAAGUGUCUGACUGUAGUGGUGUGGAGUGGAAUUUGUGUCUGAUUGUGUGUUGGUGUGUGGAGCAUGUGGGUGUGUGUGCCUGUCGCUGGGUGUGUCCACGGUGGGGUGGGGGCCAUGCCCUCUGCCGGGUGUGUGUGCCUCCCUGCCCAUCCCUGGCAACCUGACCUGGGUCCUGCCUGAGGCCCGUGGGCUCCAGUGCCCCUUUAAUGCCCCCCCACCCCCAGCACCACCUGACAUUGCAUGCAGCCUGCCAGUGCUGCAGUGAGCACGCACACGCACACACACAGGCGAACACACGGAGCCCAGAGCCUCCGAAGCCUCCUCCCGGGACCCUCGCCCUGCACCUUCCCCCCAUGGGCAGGGGUCCCCGGCCACCUCCAGCCACUGUUGCUGCCGCAGUGGGGCCCAGCAGGGCCCACGGCAGGCGGACCAUGUAACCAGGGCUGCUGCCGGGAGCGCGGAGGGGAAGGGAGCCCCCCAGCCCUGCUGGGCCGGCCCGGGCCCCUCCGCGGCUCCCCCUUCCACUGCCCAGCACCCCGCCCCCUGCCACAAUAGCUGCUAACCCCGGGACUCCCCAAGCCCAGCCUCUGUGUGCGGCAGCCCUGAGCGGGGCCAAGACUCCACGAUGCCCUUGGUGGAUUUCUUCUGCGAGACCUGCUCCAAGCCGUGGCUGGUGGGCUGGUGGGACCAGUUCAAGAGGAUGCUAAACCGUGAACUCACACACCUGUCAGAGAUGAGCAGGUCAGGAAACCAGGUCUCUGAGUACAUCUCCACCACAUUCCUGGACAAGCGGAAUGAAGUGGAGAUCCCAUCACCCACGAUCAAAGAUCGGGAAAAACAGCAAGCGCCACGGCAGAGACCUUGCCAGCAGCCCCCGGCCCCUGGGCCACAGCUUCAGCCCAUGUCUCAGAUAACGGGAGUGAAGAAGCUGAUGCAUAGCAGCAGCCUCAACGAUUCCAGCAUCCCCCGCUUUGGUGUGAAGACUGAUCAAGAGGAACUCCUAGCCCAAGAACUGGAAAACCUGAACAAGUGGGGCCUGAACAUCUUUCGCGUGUCAGAUUACGCUGGGGGCCGUUCCCUCAGCUGCAUCAUGUACACAAUAUUCCAGGAGCGGGACCUGCUGAAGAAGUUCCGCAUCCCGGUGGACACUAUGGUGACAUACAUGCUGACCCUAGAGGACCACUACCACCCAGAUGUGGCUUACCACAACAGCCUGCACGCAGCCGACGUGCUGCAGUCCACCCAUGUGCUGCUGGCCACACCUGCGUUGGAUGCCGUGUUUACGGACCUGGAGAUUCUCGCUGCCCUCUUCGCGGCUGCCAUCCACGACGUGGACCACCCUGGAGUCUCCAAUCAGUUCCUCAUAAACACCAAUUCAGAACUGGCGCUCAUGUACAACGACGAGUCGGUGCUGGAAAAUCACCACCUGGCCGUGGGCUUCAAGCUGCUGCAGGAAGACAACUGUGACAUCUUCCAGAACCUCGGCAAGCGCCAGCGGCAGAGCCUGCGCAAGAUGGUCAUCGACAUGGUGCUGGCCACGGAUAUGUCCAAGCACAUGACCCUCCUGGCUGACCUGAAGACCAUGGUGGAGACUAAGAAAGUGACCAGCUCGGGGGUCCUCUUGCUGGAUAACUAUUCCGACCGCAUCCAGGUUCUACGGAACAUGGUGCACUGCGCAGACCUUAGCAACCCCACCAAGCCGCUGGAGCUUUACCGCCAGUGGACCGACCGCAUCAUGGCCGAGUUCUUCCAGCAGGGCGACCGCGAACGUGAGCGAGGCAUGGAGAUCAGUCCCAUGUGCGACAAGCACACAGCCUCAGUGGAGAAGUCUCAGGUGGGUUUCAUUGACUAUAUCGUACACCCGCUGUGGGAGACGUGGGCUGACUUGGUCCACCCAGAUGCCCAAGAGAUCCUGGACACUCUGGAAGACAACCGGGACUGGUACUACAGCGCCAUUCGGCAGAGCCCCUCGCCACCCCCCGAGGAGGAGCCUGGGGGACCGGGCCACCCCCCACCACCUGAUAAGUUCCAGUUCGAGCUGACGCUGGACGAGGAAGAGGAGGAGGAGGUGAGCACUGCCCCGGGUGCGGUUGCAGUUCAGGAAUUGUACAUGGCCCAGGAUGCCUCCCCACCUGAAGACCCUUUGGAGGUUGACGGCCAGGAUCCAUCUGCGGAGGUGGAGAUAGAGGAAAUGUACUUGACCCGGCAAGUGGACUCCACAGGUAGUGUGGCAGCUGGCCAGGAUGUGUCUAUGCCCCGAGGCGCGUCCGUGGAUGUCUGUGUGGGCUGCUGCAACAUCCCUGCCCUGUCUCCUAAUAGCCUUGCUCCGCUUGCCUUGAGGACACCGCCCCCUCCAGAGGACGACCCGGGCCUUCUGGGCCUCCCCUCCGUGGCAGCCGAGGUGGGGGCCCAAAAAGAGCAUCAGGCUGCCAAGAGGGCAUGCUGUGCCUGCACGGGGACAGCCGGCGAGGAUCCCACUCCUGGAGCGCUUCCAGCUCCCGGAGCUUGGGGGUCAGCUGGUGGCCCUACCUGAGCGUCAACCCCUGUACCCGGUUGGCCUCCGUGCCACCCGCCACCGCCACCAUCACCCCCUGACCUCCUCCACUGCCUCAAAGACUCUUGGGCCUCCUGAGAAAAAAGAAAACAGAAAAGUGGGGUUUUUUUCUCUUUUCUUUUUUUCCUCUUUCCCCCCCACCCCCACCCAGGGGCCUCUUUUUGGAGGUGGGGGCUGGGGAACCAGGGGCUGAGGUCCCGGAAGUGAUUUUAUUUUUGGAAUUUUAAUUGUUACAUUUUUAGAAAAAGAAAAAAAAAAAAAAAAAAAAGGAUGAAACACAGCAACUGUAGACGCUCCUGUUCCCGGCUCCCCUUGUCCAGGUCCAACCACCCCACUACCGACCCUACCUCUCCAGCCCCGCCACCCUCACCACCAUCGCCCAGGUUCCAGGCUUAGUCUUCCGGCCUCUUGGGGCUCUUUGCCUGGUGUAGAAUCUCCCUCCAGACUUCUGAAUUUGGGGAGGGUCUCUAGAACCCAGCCAGGAAUAGCCAUUCUGGGUGGGGGCCCUAGGGGUGGGGACGGGUCAUCCACUGUAGGGGGGGCCCCAGCUCCAGUCCUACUCUGGCUUUCUGCCCUCCCCUCCCCAGAAGUCUUCCGCCUCAUUUUGCACAAACCUGGCAAUACUGACUCGAGGGAGCCAUGGGGCUUCAGGAGGCAAGGGGAGGGUGUCAGAGGGACGUUCACACCACCACCCUGGGAUCUGAGGUUUGAGGAGGGCCUGAUCCCACUCCCCUCUCCACCUGUCACCCCUUUCCUCUUCCACUCCGGGUUUCAGUUUGAAUUUUCUCCGUUUGGAGAGGGGGGAUGAUUUGGAGCCGCCCCCCUUCCUUCCAGCUGCUUCUCCUCUUGUUUCUGCCUUAAUGAUUCCCACGGCCAUAGGAGAGGGGGUUGCAGUGGCUCCCACUUGCACCUCAAGUGGGGCGGGGCCAGGCCCAGAGUUCCCGUCCUGGGUAUGCCCCUCCCCAGCAUCCUCCUGCCCUCCCCCAACUCUUUGCCCUAGGAGGAAGCAAUAACGGUGUACACCCACAUCCCCUUUCUGGGCAGCCCACCCUACCCUGGCAUCAGAGUCAUUUCUCCUUUCAUCCCCCACCUUGCCAAGCCUCCCCGUCUUCCCCUAGCUGUUCCCUGGAGCAAUACAACGGACAGAUGCAAGGCCAUUUUUCUUCAAGCCAUGGGGGGACUAUUUGGAAGGAAAGACCCCCACAUCCCCCAUCCGCUCUGCCCCUCAGCUUGGUUCUGCAGCUGGGCAGGACCAGCCUCUCUCAUCUUCCUCCCCUCCGAUUCUGAGCACACGGUACUGUAGCCCCCAGCUCCCCCCAGCCUUCCAUCUGUCUGUCCUUCCCUGUGGGGAGUACCACCCAUUCCCACCCUCAAGAUGCUGUACAGGGUUCAUUUUUGUAGCGAAAGUAGUUUCAGUCCCAGCCGGCGACCGGAGGGGGCCUUUUCUUUUGGUUCUCUUUCUUUCUCUUCUUCUUCUUUUUUUUUUUUUUUUGUACAUACUGUAAGGUUGGUUUGUAAAUUAUUCUACAGAGGCAAAAAGGGAAAAUAAACUUGCCCUUCCCCCACUGACUCAGUCAGGGGAAAGAGGGGUGGGGGGUCUCCCAGGGGGAGUCUCCAUUCCUGCUGUAUUAUACGAACUGUACCAUAGACCCCCAGAAGUGUGGACUCAGUGCUGUUUAACAGGGAGUCAUGUGAUCAGAGGGGGAGGUGAGGGCUGGGCAGCAGCUGCCCCUCUCCCUGUCCCCAGGGACCCAGGGGAGGGGAGCCCAGGACCACCCCCCUACCCCGGGAGCUGCUCAAGUGUUGUCCAGUUUAACGAUCAAUCAGUCGGUCUGCUGAUUGAUACUCAACCCUUCGAUCUUGUCUCCAAUUAAACCAAGGCUUUCACUGA